AUGGGAGGCGGAGAUCUUAAUAUGAAAAAAUCAUGGCACCCGUUGCUACUGAAAAAUCAGGAACGGGUGUGGAAACAAGAACAGAAAGCUCUUGAGGAGCAGAAGAAAUUAGAUCAACUUAAAAAAGAACUUGAAGAAGAGCGACAAAUACAAGAACUAAAAAAACUCCAAGAAGCAAAAGGAGGUCGACGGGGCCCCGAGAGAUUAGAUUGGAUGUACGCAGCUGCUCCAGGUGGGCAGAAAGCAGAUGUAUCAGAAGAUUUAGAAGAAUACUUGCUGGGGAAGAAGAAGGUUGAUACGAAAGAUAUAGACGGAGGAACGUCGGUAGAUAAACUGAGAAACAACAAGGUGGACGUAUUUGAUAAUGUCGAUACAAAUGCAAAUACACCGUUGGACAUGAUGUCAAAGCUAAGGGAUGAUCCGUUAUUGUCCAUCAAGAAGAUGGAACAAGCGAAUAUGAAAUUGAUGAUGCUGCAGGCGGAAGCGAAGUCAUCUCCCAAAAGAAGCCGCUCGUCUAUGAAAGACAAAUCAUCAAAAAAGGAUAAAUCAUCGAAAAGGGAAAAAAGUGUGAUCAAUAAAGGACUCGAAACCUCGAAAAGGGAAAAAUCGUCGAAAAGAGAUAAAUCGUCGAAACACAAGAAGCGAAAGUUAUCAUAG